AUACGACCAUAAAAUCGACGAAAAACGCAGUUAACAACCAGACUAAUUUUGUAAUAAGAAGGAAAUGAAAAACAGCAACCUCACUUUUCUUAACAAGAAACAAAAAUAAUAUCCAUAACAUUCUUCAGAACAAUAAAACGAGCAAAUAAACAGUGACAUCGUACAAAUAAGAUAAACAUUCAAGAAAUGCAAAUCUAUAUCACACUUAACAAAACAACUAACCCAUCAUUAAAAAAAUAAAACAACGACAAUAAUAACAAUAGAAAAAACCAGCCCAUCAUUAAAGAAAGAAAGAAAAUAUUAAUCAUAGUAACACGAAAGAUAACCAACUCAUAAUUAAUAAUAACAAUGAUGAUGAUGAUAGCACUAAACAUAACCAGGUCACCAUUAGUGAUAGCAAUAAUGACAAUAAUGAUAACAAAGCUUAACCAACCUACCUUAAUGAUAACAAUAAUAAUAAUAAUGAUAACACUAUACUUCACUACGUCACGCAAUCACUCCCCCAAAACCCACACAACAUGGUAACAUCCCCGCGCGUGUCUCCCACCAGCUGCCGAAGACGUGGUGGUGGUGGUGGAGGAGGACCCCAGCGGGAGGGGGAUGCAUCUCCCCUCCCCCGGCCCCCCCGCCUUCCAAGACGAGCCAGGGAGACGAUCUCACGUCCAAGGAUGUGGUCGAGAUCUUCAAGGACUCGGGAACAGGAUCCAACAACACGCCGUCGACUCUUUGUAGUGACUCAGGAACGGGCAACUGUAACUUGACGUAUCAUGAGCGCCGCGAGGAGGCUGGCACCCUGGCCGUCGUGCCCAUCCCGGUGUUCACGAGCCAGCAGUACCGGGUCGUCACGCCCACGUCCGCCGCCCGCCACACGCACCGGGUCCGCCGCAUCUGCUCCUCCGCCUCCGCCCGCGCCGCCUCCGCCACACGCCCGCACAACCACCCGCAGAAUGCCCAAGACAUGGCCUCUGGCUCCCCCCCCUUCAACGUGGUCACGGGGCGCCGGCACUCGUGGUGCUGCCCCCAGGACGGCCUCGACGCCAAGCAGUACCGCACGCAGAGCACCCAGACGUUCAAAUCCCCGAAGGACGGCGACUCGGGCGAACUCAGUCCUCAGCACCCUCAUUUCGGGGGCCAGCGGUACGACCACCACGAGCCUCAUCACCUGCACGACCACGAGCAUCUCCACCUCAACGACCUGGGCUACUCCCACGAGGGCUCCGUCCCGACGCGGCACGACGGACGCCGACCGAGGGGCCCCGACGACUACCCGGUCCUGAGCCCCCGCGACGUCCCGGAGCGCUACGUCCCUCGGCCCGGCGGCGACCACGUCAUCGAUCUCGACGACGACCCUGUCUUCAUCGUCGCCAGCGCCGUGGGUCACCUGUCGCACCUGGGGGAGGGGGAGAGGGCGAAGGGGGAGACCGCCUUCCCCUUCUCCUGCCCGGCGAACUCCCCUGCCCUACCCCCUCGACACAUGGAGCGCGUGGAGAGGACAGAGAGGCAGAGGAGACACACAGGAGACUCGCCCCACAAACAGUCCUCGACCGCAACGAGGUGGUGAGCCUCUGGUGCUUCAGGACAGUGGCGCCGGAUUCAGUAGUGUAGCUAAGGGGCAUCGGUAGGGGAAUUACCGAGCAUGGAUUUAACAGUGUGGUGAAACGUACGCGAUGAUAAAUACAAAUAUUGUGGUUCUGUGAAGUGAAUAUUAAAUAAACACCAAGCUUCUUUUUUUUACUGGAAAAAAUCUAGGGACAACAAAGACAUAUGGUCAGUAGGAGAAAAUUUGUAGUAUCCUCAUUGAUAUUCGAUUCGAUGCGAAAGAAAUCAGAAAAUGAUUCAGACGUCAAAGGCAAUACAGAUGAUAAACAAACAAAUAAAUAUACAAGCAAAUAAAUGAAACGAAUUGCCUCAUCUGUCCAAAUGAUGGAAGAUAAAGAAAUUGAAGUGCUUUUGGUGAGUUGAAGAUCUGUGAAUAAAGAAAAAAAAAUAGCUAUGAUAUGAAAAAAAGACAUUGAUAUACAGUUCUCAUUCAUCAGACACUUUUGUUGUUCUAGAUCAUCGAAUUAUAUGUCGUUAACAUAUGUGAACAGUAGAUUUCUUAUCACUCCUCAGAUCAGCAUAUCUAUUACUUUAUAUUUGUGCAUAGUUCAUGCAGGAUCUACAAACCAAUAUAUUGCUGCGGACACGAGAAAAAAUUGAGCUUUUUACGUUACUUAAAUGUGUGACAAGAAAUAUGCCUAUUGUUCAUAGUAACAGAACUCAGUACUCUGGGGUGCUAUGUGAUUUUUGGAGGGGGUAAAUGCAUAACAUUUAUUUUGGUGUUAAUUGUAUAUACAGAGGCAGAUAUAUUGUCAUAUUAUCAUAUCAGUGAAUAUAUAAGUGUGUAAAUGUGUGUGUGUGUGUGUGUGUGUGUGUGUGUGUGUGUGUGUGUGUGUGUGUGUGUGUGUGUGUGUGUGUGUGUGUGUGUGUGUGUGUGUGUGUGUAUGUCCAUGCGUGUGUAUAUGUGUGUACAUAUUAUAAAGUGCAUGUGAGUUUGGAGUACUAGAUUAAGGAAGAAAGACUGUUAUCACGACAUAUAAUCAGCUUGGAUGUGCUUUAUUCUAUGUUUUGUAACAUGUCAUAAAAAACAAGAAUAGCGUACUAAAAUAUUUGCGAAACUGCCAGUGUGAAUAUAAAAGAGACAGCAAAAAAAUGUAUGACCAGAAUGACUGUCCUGCACGAAAAAAAAUGAACAAGCGACAUAAAAUAACGCGAAUGUUACUUUUUUUUCUUCUCUUUUAUAAAUCUAGUCUCAAUGUAAACACGUGUCACACAAACAUUCUCUAAGUGAUAUAGGAAAAGAUGCGUGAGUUUUGUCCAAAUAAAUCUAACUCUUUUUUAUUA